AUGGUGUCUCUGAAGCUGCAAGCUCGGCUUGCGUCGAGCAUCCUCAGCUGCGGCCGCGCCCGCGUGUGGCUGGACCCCAACGAGGCGAUGGAGAUCCAGAACGCGAACUCGCGCAAGAGCGUGCGCAAGCUGAUCAAGGAUGGCUUCAUCAUCCGCAAGCCGGUGAAGGUGCACUCGCGCGCGCGGUGGCGUAAAAUGAAGGAGGCGAAGGACAUGGGGCGCCACAACGGCGUUGGCCGCCGCGAGGGUAGCCGCGAGGCCCGCAUGCCGAGCAAGGAGUUGUGGAUGCGCCGCCUGCGCAUUCUGCGCCGCCUGCUGCGCAAGUACCGCGCGGACAAGAAGAUCGACCGCCACGUGUACCGAGACCUGUACAUGCGCGCGAAGGGUAACGUGUUCCGCAACAAGCGCAACCUUGUGGAGUACAUCCACAAGAUCAAGAAUGAGAAGAAGAAGGCGCGCCAGCUGGCGGAGCAGCUUGCGGCGAAGCACCUGCGCGACGAGCAGAACCGCAACAAGGCUCGCAAGCAGGAGCUGCGGAAGCGCGAGAAGGAGCGCGAGCGCGCGAAGCGCGACGACGCUGCUGCCGCUGCGCAGAAGAAGAAGGCGGACGCCGCGAAGAAGUCCGCCGCGCCUGCUGCGAAGUCCGCCGCGCCUGCCGCGAAGGCUGCUGCCCCCGUCGCGAAGGCCGCUGCUGCUGCCCCCGCGGCGAAGGGUGCUGCGCCGGUGAAGAAGUCGAAGAAGUAA